AAUUUUUCAAUACUUCUUUUAACGCACCUAAUAUGGACGAUUUUGCUCAAUUUAGUGAGUUUUUAAAUGUGAUAAAGACUUACAAAAUGUUUUAACUUUAACAAUGAUGAUCUACGACUGCUAACUAUUUCAAAUAUCAUUAUAUAAAUAAAACAACGCAGUUUUUAAUUCUGUUUGAUCACGUGAUCUCUCGUAAAAAAAAGUUCAUAGGUAAGCUCUUUUUAUAAACAUUUCAUAGGCUUGUUUUAUGAAUUGAACAUAUGUUAAUACGUAGCCAGUUAAUUGUAUGCAUUAUUUCAAUUUAUAUUCCUAAAUGGUAAACUAUCGAGCAAGAAAAAAAUGAUUAAGCUCAUAAGAAAUUAAUAUAGGCCUACAACAUUUAAAAUUGUAUUGCAAAUUGAAUACUGUCUAUUUCGUAUGAAAAAAGCUUGCAAGAGUAGAUGUGAAAGAGAUUUCCUCUGAAUGAAGAGAAAUAAAUGUUAAAUAGUACGUUUUAACCCUUAACAUUCGUUUUUAUUAUUAACUUUUACCCUUAAAAAAUUCCGUUGAAUAUUUAUUAUCUAUUAAAGUUUCUAUUUAGGUAAUAUAUCUUGAUUAGAAUUGUAGAUAAUAUAUAUAUAUAUAUAUGUACUUAUCCAAAAGAGUUAUUUCAUUAUAUAUAUGUCAAUAAAAUAAGAGGAUCACUGGUUAUUUGUUCUCUUAAAUCCUGUGUUGAUUAAAUUUUAGCAAUGCUCUUUUAUUUAAAGAGAUAUUCAUUGUCUUGUAAUUUCCCUAUCAGAUAAUUAAAAAACAGAAGAAUUGACAAUUAAACAUCUGAACAACACUCCGUAAUGGAUGAUAUUGUUAGGAAAAGUAGACUAUAUAACGAUAGUGGAAAAUCAUCGACUAUUGAUGCUAGGAGUUGUGAAGAUCUAGAUAAAAAAUCCACCGUUGAAUUUUCAUCUAUUUCUCAAUCGCCAUUUUUAAAAAAAGACACUAACAGACUUAGAAUACAUCGAGAAAAAGAAACUGAAAGCGAUAGUAAUGUUAAAACUAAGGAUAAAAAGACUGAAGAUAACGAAAGACGAUCUCGAAGGAGAAUUUAUGGCAAUAAAUCUGAAAAUGAUAAUCAAAUAUUAACGGUAAGAGAAAAUUAUAAAUCUGAGUUAAAGAAAGUUGAAUUACGUAAAAUCGAUAACACGGAGCCAAAGAUUGAUGCUAAAACCGAAAUAGAUAAAAAUAAAGAUGAUAAAUUCAGUAGCGUAUCACUAAGAAAGAAUAUUUUUGAAAAUUCUACUGACUCUAAAAAUUCAACUGUUAAAGAUUAUAAAGUAACAACUGAUAAUGUAUUUAACAUGCCGUUAAUUGCUAAAAAAUUAUCGCCUAUGGAUAAUUUAAAAGACAAUUUGAAAUCGACACUUUCCUUGACGAGAUCACAAAUAGAAAAAAAAUCAACACAAUCGGAUAUAUUACAUAAACCAGAAAACGGUGAGAAGAGUGAAUCUUUUGGUAAUAUUAUUAAGAAAAUGGAAAAUAGCGAAGAUAAUAACGAUUUGAAAGAUGAUACAUUCGUAUCAUCGACAAAAAUCAAUUUAGAAAAUAUGUCUAGAACUCGACGUAGAGUUUAUAAAGAUUCUACAGGAGAUAAGAGUUGGUCCAAAGUGAACAUAGAAACUGUUAAGGAGUCUACCGAAAAAUCAUGCGAUGUAUCGAAUGCGCCUGUUCGACGGAGAAGUAGGGUAAAAAUUACCGAUAAUGAAGUAGGCCCAUCAAAAUAUGACACAGAGGCCGAUUGUAUGACAACAAAACAGGCAGAUAGCGGUAAAAUUGAGGGAGAGGUUAAAACAAUGUAUAGACACGAAGUACAUAGCGGAUUAUACGACAAUGUUACUAUCAUUAAAAAGGCAGAGGAAGAUAGCGAGAGUUACAGUACAGAAGACUCAGAGAUCGAAGAAGAUUCAGAAGAAGAAUCUGAACAGAAUAGACCAUCAGAACAGUUAAAAAGUCAAGCCAAACAAUAUAGAAAUAGCCCAGGAAAAAAUAGGCAUAGUAAAUCUUGGCCAGGAUUGACGAAUACAGAUGAGAAUAAUUCAAUAUUGAAGAAAACUAAAGAAAUCAAAGUUGAAUAUUCAAAAAUCAAUGAAAAUUCACCUGAUACAAAUGAUAUGGAUACAACAGAGGAUAGUGUAAAAACAACUAAAUCACCCUUAAGGAGAGCUGUGUCUGAUAAUUCACAGUCGACAAAGGAUGGAUUAGUAUCCAUAAAAGACAGAUUGGCCGCUUUAAAGAAAAAUAACGAAGAAGGGUGGAAGAAACGAGUUGAUAAAUCAACUUUACCAGAUGAUAAUAUUUCAGCUAGAAAUAAAGUAUUGAAUAAACUCGAAAAUGCAGCCGAUAAAUGGAGAGAUAGAGUUAAAAAUGAAGGAAGCGAUAUAAAUAAAUUUUCCGUAACAGCUAUUGUUGCAUCAGGACAGGCCAAAUUGACCUAUUCUCCACUUCUUGCUAAAAAGCAAAGUGAUAGGCAAAGAGCUAUUUCCACUCAAAAACUUUUUGAAGAUUUAGUCUUCGAUGAUGAAGUUGAAGAAAAAGAGAAACAAGCUAACUUGAAGAAACAACCAGAGAAAUUAAAUAAUUUUCCAAAGAAUUCUAGUGUCAGAAAAGUUAAAGUUGCCAAAAUUGCUGAUAGCGAUUUUGAUAAUUUCUUUCCAAAGUACGAAAAUAAUGACGAAGUGUUUGAAACUACUCAGGAAUAUGAUUUUGAUAAAGAAUUCGCAAACGUUCAAAGACUUAAAGUCAUAAAAAGGGUAAAACCUAGUAGAAAACAACAAGGAACUUGGAAAGCUUUAAAAAGUGAAUAUGCAUCAUCUGAAUAUCAUGAAACAUUCACACCUCCAGAAGUAAACAAAAAGAAAAAUUUCCCAACUGAAGUAAGGAUCGCUGAUGAAAUUGCUAAGGAAUUAGAAGGAGCUGCUGCCAAUUUAAAAAAGUCUGAUUCCUUUAAUAUCAAAGAUACUGAUUUACCACCAUUUCACAUUGAUCAACCAAUGUUGAUAUUAGUAAAAGGUAGGAGAAAGUGCCAUCUGAGGUUGGUAAAACCUAUACCAGAAUCAGUGAAUAGUGGGGACUCUUACAUUUUGGUUACCAAGGAUAAGGUAUUCGCCUGGCUAGGAAAAUUAUCAAAUUUAAUUGAACAAAGAAAAGCAACUGCUAAAGCCAAAGAGAUUGCUAGGACAAAAGAUUUAUGCUAUAGGGGUAACUUACCCGCUCAAAUAAUUAAAGAGACUGAAAAAUUUUCUACCAAAGAAUUUUGGCAGACCUUAGGUGGUAAUACCAAUAGUAAACCUUCCGAUGCUGCUGAAAAUGAAGAAGAUGAUUUCUACGAAGAGUGUUCACUAUUAACCAAUAGAAUUUAUUAUUUACAAGAAAAUAAAUUAGUCUGUGACGUAAAUCUCUCUUCCAAAGACUAUUCUUGUAAAAUUUUAGAUGAUACAAAACUUUAUCUAUUUGAUUUUGGUUCUGAAAUGUAUAUAUGGUCCGGAAAAUUAUGCUCGAAUGAAGAAAAACGGAAUCUAAUUAGAAAGGCUCGAAAAUUAUGGAAAAUGGGAUAUGAUUAUUCAGAUAUGGAACUGAAUCCAUUUGAUCCCAGAAGAGUUUUAGAAAGUCCUGAAAAAUCGGAAUCUAGACCUGUUUGGUGUCUUUUGGGUAAAGUUACCCAAAACACUGAAACUGUACUUUUUAAACAGAAAUUUUACGAUUGGCCAGAAGAUGAAAUAAAUCAGGAUGUGAGAAAAGAUUCUGACCACAAAAGCGGUGAUGACUUACGAGUAAUUGAACCUCAUAAAUUUAUCAAAGAUGUUCCUGAAAUAUCAUUAAUUCUGGAAAAUUUUAACGUUAGCCGAGGAGAUAGUUUAGUCGAAAGGAGAGAUGGUAUUAAAUGGGAGUAUGUUAUUAAAACUGUAUCGAUUAGCGAAUGGAUUAUUAAAGAUAAAACUACAGCUGAAGUUAAAGAGGAAAAUUUCGGUUGUUUUAAUUUAGAUAGAUCCUAUAUUAUAAGAUGGGUUUAUAAAUGUUCGGCUGUAUUUAAGAGGAGGCAAGAAGUAGAAACAGGUAGAGAUAGAAUUGCUUACUUUUAUUGGCAAGGACCAUUCUCAAAAAGUGAAGAAAAGGGUUUAGCAGCUCUAAAUACUGUUGAAUUAGAUACGGAAAAAGCUCCUCAAUUAAGAGUUGACGGGAGAAAGGAGCCUCCAGUAUUUUUACACUUUUUCAAUGGCGAAAUGGUUAUUAGUUCAAAAGAAAGUGAGGAAAAACGAAUGUUCUUAAUCAGAGGAAGAAGAAAGCAGGAAAUUAACUUUUUAGAAGUUGAUUUUCAUAUGGAAAGUUUUCGAAGUGGCGGUUGUUUCCUUAUUAUAAAUAAAAAGACGACUUCAGCCUACAUAUGGAUUGGACUAAAUGUCAAUGACACUUACGAACAGUUAGCAACCGAUGCUAUUCACAACAUACUGAAGAAUUGCCCCCAUCGAAUUAAUCUUAGUCGAACACCAAAAACUAUAGAAUUAUUUAAAGAAAAGCAGGAAUCAACAGAUUUUCUACGAUUGUUUAACUUUUCAACUACCACUGAGAGACCAUAUGACACUGCAAACAAAAAUUUAUUAAAUCAAAUUACACCAAGAGCCUUUCGCUUAUAUAGCAUUAAAGAGCCUCAUACACCUGAAGAAAUUUUAGCUGUCGAUAGAAUGGCUGAUCAAUUUUGUGCUUUACCUUUUUUACAAAGUGAUUUUUAUAAUUUAAGUGAACAUGAACCUGCAUUGGUGCUUAUUGCCACAAGUGGCAUUGUCUUUUUAUGGCAAGGAUGGAGAAAGAAUGCUGAACAUAAAAGUUCUUUUCAUAAGAAGAGAAGAUUUGCUUUAGAAACUGUUGCAAGAUAUUGCAAAGAACAAGCAGAAGAUGCUCAAUGUAAGAUAAUAUAUGCUGGUUUCGAACCGAUAGAAUUUACAAAUUUAUUCCAAUAUUGGGAAAAAGACGAUACAGCCAGAAAAGCUAAUGAACAGGAUGGAUUUACAAACGUAGAAGACAUUUUUAAAAUGCUAAAGAGUAUGGAGCGAGCUAGGUCUGGAUCCUAUUCACUAAGUGAACUCAUUGCAGGCAAUGUUCCCGAAGGUGUAGAUCUUACUAGACGGGAAAGCUAUUUGACAGAUAAAGAUUUUGAAGAUGUAUUUUCUUGCUCGAAAGAAGCCUUUUAUUCUCUGUCUGAUUGGAAACAAAGACAAAUGAAGAGACAAUUGAAACUCCUUUGA